AUGACUACCACAUCAGACGAUAGCCUGUCAAAACAUAGUGUAGUUGACUCCAUGUAUGUACCUGAUACGGUAGAACCAUACGAGAUCCAUGCAAUCCACUCGAUCCACUCGCAAAAUUCAGAACAAACAUCACGUUUAACCAGAUAUAGGACGGGUCAUUCAGAACUAUCACGCAUAAUCAGUGGUAUCCGCGAUGAUCAGCAACUAGAUGACGAGGAGAACAAACGGUAUAGGGAGCGUGGUGAUGCCGAAUAUAUAAUGGCACAGGAACUAGAUCGAGGGAUUAGUCGAAAUGUGAGUCGUCCUCAGAGUCCCGAUGCCGAAGAAAAGGAAGCAGGCCGUGAAAGCGUGAUUGAACAGAAAUUAGAAGAAGGAGGAAGAGGAGUAGAAGUUGAAGAGGGGGAAGUUGACGACUACCCAACCGAUGGAAAUUUCGCUUGGGUGAUGUCAAUGUGUGCCAUGUUGGCGUCAUUCUCCACCUGGGGAGCAAAUGCCGGAUACGGUGUGUUUUUAAACUAUUAUUUAAACUCAAAUACGUUCCCCGAAGCUACUGAAUAUGAUUUCGCCUUGAUUGGUGGUAUCGUUGUGUUUGCCGCCAACUUCUUAGCCCCAUAUAGCGCCAUCUUGAACAAAGUGCUUGGGUUCAGAUGGGUCUUGGUAUUGGGACUUGUGUUUCAGACUCUUGGAUGGAUUGCUGCUUCGUUUGCCACCAAGGUAUGGCAUUUGUACUUGACACAGGGUGUAUCUGUUGGUAUUUCAUUUUCAUUUAUAUUCAUCCCAUCAACUUUAGUUUUACCUACUUGGUUUGUUGAGAAAAAGGCGACGUCGAUGGGUAUUUGUGUUGCUGGUGCCGGGUUGGGCGGUUUAAUAUUCUCCCUUAGUGUUAACAAAGUCAUACAAGAUACAGGGGACCAAAGAUGGGCAUUGCGAAUGGUGGGGUUUGUCACUUUAUUUGCUGUUGUUGUUGUUAUUGUAUUGAUGAGACCGAGGAGGACAUCACUAGUGGCACAACAAACGCCACCAAUAAAAGAACGGUUAACUCGUACGUAUAUCAAGGAGAGUUUUAAAGUCAUUUUUGAUAUUCGUGUUGUUAAAAACCGCGGAAUUCAAAUUGUCGCCAUUUGGUUUGCCAUUGCCUUGAUUGGAUAUACAUUGAUGUUGUUUACUGUCUCGUCAUAUGCCACGUCGAUUGGAUUAUCACAUCAACAGGGGUCCUCAUUAACGGCUAUCAUGAAUGCAUCGCAAGUUGUUGGUAGGCCGUGCAUGGGUCUUGUUGCAGAUCGCAUUGGCCGUUCAAAUUUCACGUCCGUCAUAUGUUUGAUGAUUUCAAUCCUCUUGUAUGCAUUUUGGAUCAACGCAAAGACGUAUGGGGCAAUGAUUGCAUUUUCCGUCAUUAUUGGUCUUAUUGUUGGCGUCGGUUCCUCAUUGGCCCAACCUUUAACUGCUGAUGUGCUUGAGGGCCACUUGAAUCAGUUGCCAGCUGGUUGGUCGGCAAUAAAUAUUUUCGUCUCGUUUUUCUGUCUUGUUGCUGAAGUCAUUGCUUUGGCUUUAGUGGUCAAGGGCAGUUCAGACCCUUAUUUGCACACGCAAAUCUUUGCUGGUACUUGUUUCUUUGCUUGCUUCUUGGUGAUGUUGGUGUUGAGAGAACAUUUGGUGAGCAAGAUUUUACGGUCUCGUUAUGACCAAGCAAAGACUAGAUUAGACCAGAUUAAUGGCAAUGCCGGAGUCACUAGAUGUGGCUAUUUGAAGGAUGCGUCUGCUGAUGAUGGAGAUGAACAAGAUGUGGCGGAUGCGGGUGAAGAAGAAGUUUUACUAGAAAGAGUUGAACGGUAUGAGCAUUUGUUGAGGCGGUCUGUUUUCGCCUUUUUCGGUAGAGUGGUUUAUCCGAUAAAAGUAUGA